UCGAGAACAUAUACAGGAAAGAGAAAAGGCGAACAGGUUGUGUUUGUCUGUCGUUAAAGUCUUUCGUUUUCCCUGAUAAUCCAUCAGAUCCACACAAAAUUUCAAAAUGGGGAAGCGACAGCACCAAAAAGACAAAAUGUACAUCACUUGUACAGAGUACACAAACUUUUAUGGAGGGAAACGAACAGUUAUCCCACAGGCAAACUUCAGACGGCUUCCAUUUGACCACUGCAGCUUGUCCCUUCAGCCAUUUGAGUAUCCUGUCUGCACUGAAGAGGGAGUCGUCUUUGACCUUCUGAGCAUUGUUCCAUGGAUUAAGAAGUACGGUACUAAUCCGAUCUCUGGAGAGAAACUGGAGGCAAAGUCUCUCAUCAAACUCAACUUUGCCAAAAACAACGAUGGAAAGUAUCACUGCCCUGUUCUGUACAACGUCUUCACAAAUAAUUCUCACAUCGUUGCCAACAAGGUCACCGGCAAUGUGUAUUCUAAUGAGGCCGUUGAGCAACUCAACAUUAAGACCAAGAGUUUUAAAGAUCUUCUGACAGACGAACCCUUCACCAGAAAGGACCUUAUAACACUUCAGGACCCCACAAACCUGGAUAAAUUCAAUGUUUCCAACUUCUUCCAUGUAAAAAACAACCUGAAGGUGUUGGAUCCAGAUGAGGAAAAGGCCAAGCAGGACCCAGCGUAUCACCUGAGGACCACCAAUCUGGAGACCAGGGAGACCUUAGCCGAGCUGUACAAAGACUACAAGGGGGACCAGCUCCUGGCUUCCACCAUGAAAGAGCCAGAGGCCAAGAAGACAGACAAGUUAAACGCUGCUCACUACUCCACAGGCAGAGUCUCUGCCUCCUUCACGUCCACGGCCAUGACUCCUGCAACAACACACGAAGCAGACGCCAUUGCAGACGACACCGUGCGUUACCAGUACGUGAAGAAGAAAGGCUACGUCCGUCUACACACCAACAAGGGAGACCUGAAUCUUGAGUUACACUGUGAUAAGGUUCCCAAAGCUGGAGAGAACUUCAUCCGUUUGUGUAAAAAAGGAUACUACGAUGGUACCGUCUUCCACAGGUCCAUCCGGAACUUCAUGAUUCAAGGAGGGGACCCCACUGGCACUGGCACAGGAGGGGAGUCGUUCUGGGGGAAACCUUUCAGGGAUGAGUUUCGGCCCAACCUGUCCCACACGGGCCGCGGGGUUCUCAGCAUGGCCAACUCUGGUCCAAACACCAACAAGUCUCAGUUCUUCAUCACGUUCCGGUCGUGCACCUACCUCGACAGGAAGCACACAGUAUUUGGAAGGGUUGUUGGCGGAUUUGAGGCACUCACAGCCAUGGAGAAUGUGGAGAGUGAUCCCAAAACAGACAAACCAAAGUCAGAGAUCAAGAUCAUCAGUGCGACUGUGUUCGUGGACCCGUAUGAAGAGGCCGAUGCUCAGAUCGCGGCCGAGCGAGAGAAGGAGCUGCAGAAGCAGGAGGAGGAGAGGCAGCAGGCCAGCAUCACCCUGAAGAAAGCCAAGGAGGAGCAGGCGCCCAAGACCUUCAAACAAGGUGUGGGGAAAUACAUCAACCCGUCCACAAUAAAACGCUCGGCCGCUGAAGAUGAAAGCGGACCGUCCACCAGCGGAGCGGCGGCAGCCAAGAAGUCCAAAGGCAAGACCAGCUUCGGAGACUUCAGCUCCUGGUAGCAGCUGUGUAUUUUUACUGGUCAGGCUGAGUGCAGGCAAAAUUAAUUUCAUUCACACUUCGAUUUUUUUGUAUUGUUUAUCAUCUCUCAGUAGUUUCGGUGUCUUAUGAAACUAUAAAUUAAAGCUACUUUUUUUCAAA